GAGGGACAACCAGGAACUCGGGCUCAGUCUCCACCCCGAAGUGGGGCGGGUCCGGCGGGGAUAAGACCCGUUGCCCGGCCCUGACAAGGGUGUGACCUCCUCGGCCUCAGAGGACGAGUUCAGCCCCUUUCGGCACCGAGCGAGGAAUUCCUGCUUGGGUGACUGAACUCUGAUCCUGACAUAGAGUCAUGGCCAUGGAAAGCAAAGGAGGCACCAUCAAAGCUGCAUCAGGAUUCAAUGCCAUGGAAGAUGCCCAGAGCCUGAGGAAGGCCAUGAAAGGGUUCGGCACUGAUGAAGAUGGCAUUAUUAAUGUCCUGGCCUACCGCAACACUGCCCAGCGCCAGGAAAUCAGGACGGCCUACAAGUCCAGCAUCGGCAGGGACCUGAUAGACGACUUGAAGUCGGAACUGAGUGGCAACUUUGAGCGGGUGAUCGUGGGGAUGAUGACGCCCACUGUGCUGUACGAUGUGCAGGAGCUGAGACAGGCCAUGAAGGGAGCCGGCACAGACGAGGGCUGCCUGAUUGAGAUCCUGGCCUCCCGGUCCACUGAGGAGAUCCGGCGCAUCAACGAGCUCUACAAGCGGCAAUAUGGACGGAGCCUUGAGGAUGAUAUUUGCUCUGACACGUCAUUCAUGUUCCAGCGAGUGCUUGUGUCUCUGUCAGCCGGUGGCAGGGAUGAAGGAAAUUAUCUGGAUGAUAAUCUCAUGAGACAAGAUGCCCAGGCACUGUACGAGGCUGGAGAAAAGAAAUGGGGUACAGAUGAGGUGAAAUUUUUAACUGUUCUCUGUUCCCGGAAUCGAAAUCAUCUGUUGCAUGUGUUCGAUGAAUACAAACGGAUAUCACAGAAGAAUAUUGAAGAGAGUAUUAAAUCUGAAACAUCUGGUAGCUUUGAAGAAGCUUUGCUGGCUAUAGUCAAGUGCAUGAGGAACAAACCCGCAUAUUUUGCUGAAAGGCUUUAUAAAUCUAUGAAGGGCUUGGGCACCGAUGAUGACACCCUCAUCAGAGUCAUGGUUUCUCGAGCAGAGAUUGAUAUGCUGGACAUCCGGGCCAACUUCAAGAGGCUCUAUGGACAGUCUCUGUACUCCUUCAUCAAGGGUGACACAUCUGGAGACUACAGGAAGGUGCUGCUAGUUCUCUGUGGAGGAGAUGAUUAAAAUAAAACCCAUGAAGGAUGGGAGGAUCCCCAAAGCUUUCAAAUUUUUUUGUAACUUCAUUUUUCUACACUGCUAUUAGCAUUAUCUCAGAAUGCUUAUUUCCAAUUAAAACGCCUACAGUUGCCUCCUAGGAUCUAGACUGUCUAUAUUAUUAUUCAUCUAUAAUUAGUCAUUUUGAUGCUUUAAAGCUGCACUUGCAUUUCAAAGCUUAUAAAACCUGAAAGGAAAUUUAAAAUUAGAAAUAAACAUGUACUCCAUGCUUUUAACAAAUUUCUUCCUUGGUUAUGGUUCAGAGAAAUUGGAAUAUAUUGAAUUAUUUCAGGUUUUGUUUGGUGAAAAACUAUUAGAGGACUAGAAAACUUUUCUAAAAUCACUUUUCUGCCCUAAUCCUAUUUUUUGUGUGCUAGUAACUUCUUGGGAAACCCUGGUGGCAUAGUGGUUAAGUGCUGUGGCUGCUAACCAAAGGGUUGGCAGUUCAAAUCCGCCAGGCGCUCCUUGGAAACUCUAUGGGGCAGUUCUACUCUGUUCUAUAGGGUCGCUAUGAGCCGGACUCGACUCGACGGGACUGGGUGUGGUUUUUGGUUUAGUAACUUAUUGAUUUGAAAUUGAGAGCAGUAAGAAUACCCGUCUAGUUUGCUGUUUUACAUAGACAUAGAUUUAAAUCAUCCACAAAUAUCCUUUGUUUAGGUUUCGUCCAUAGCAUUAGUUGACUGUUACAAAGUUUGGCAUGGGAGACUUCUCCCAUCACAUCUUAUGUUAAGAUCACUUACUCUGUCCAGGUUGAUAUAUACCAAAAUCACCAACUUGUCUGAACAAAUUCUAAAUGUAGUUGUAUAUGUCUGUUUACCAGACAUGAAUGUUGAACAUUCCACAAUAUUACGGUUACUGCCUUAAUCCAGUUUGAAGACCAAUGGAAAAAAAUUGUAGAACUAUGUAUUCUGGUAAUGGUAUAAUGCUUUGAAUUCAGUUUCACUUAAAAGAAACUUUUUGUGCUAAAAAUAACUUUUAAAGUCUUUUUAUAUUUCAAUGAUUUGUAGUAAUUUGCUAUUGCACUGUGCCUCUCAACUCUAGAAUCAUUCUGCAGGUAUAUUUGGAUUUAAUUGAAAAGUUGUAUACAACAUGGAAAAAUAAUUUUAAUAAAAGGUGGUGUUUUAAAAUGAA